GUUGCUAGGGAGGGAGGCGGGGCUAGUGGCUUUGGGGAAGGGUCCCGCUGGUGUGAAGGAAGGACGGGAAGCGGGCAGUGGUUCAGUGGGUGUGGGCAGAGCGGCUCCGUGUCAUGGGGGGGCACCGGGCUCCCCUAAAACGCCACCUUCUCAGCAGACCCCCAGGAAUCGACCCUCCAGGACACCAGAGCUCCUUCCGCGGCGAACCUCCCCUACCCGCAAUACACGCUCCCCUUCUCCACAAGUAGCCCAUGGCGGACCAAGGCUCGGGGGGCAGCCGCCUUCCCCUGGCGCUGCCCCCAGCCUCCCAGGGCUUUUUCACAUCUGUGAAGUGGGUUGUUUUGGAGAGUAAUAGCAGUAUUGGCGAUAAUGACAUUUCGGCAGUGAUGAGGCGCCAGUGGCUGCAGGAGGCCAUGUCGGCCGCCUGCCGGGGCCAGCGGGAGGAGGUGGAGCAGAUGAAGAACUGCCUCCGAGUGCUGUCCCAGCCCACGCCCUCCUCGGCCGGCGAGGCUGAGCUGGCCGUGGACCAGCAGGAGCGCGAGGGGGCCCUGGAAUUGUUGCCCACCUUGAACUUGAUUCCUUUGGGCGGCUGGUGCCCCAUGGUGUGGAUGGAGAGCGCCCGCCACGGGCGCCUGGGCGUGUCCCCUUUGGCUGUUCUGAAUUCUGCUGCUGUGGACGCGGGGGGUGUGUGGGGGUCAGCGCUGGCAUUCAUGGGCUGGAGCCUGGGACCUAACCCCCACAUGCUGAUUUUGUGGCGACACAACAACCUGGGAGGGACCCCGCUGGUGCUGGAGAGAGCCAGCACAGGUCGGCAGGUCCCAGGGAGCGGCCUGCCCCGCCGGCCUCACCUGGAGCGCUGGUUUUCUCUGGCUGCCGUAACAAAGGACCACGGGUUCAAGGCCCUCUUCGCCAUCUCCUGCCUCGUCCGGGAGCAGGAGGCUGGGUUGCUGCAGUUCCUCCGGCUGGACGGCUUCUCGGUGUUGAUGCGGGCCAUGCAGCAGCAGGUGCAAAAGCUCAAGGUCAAGUCAGCCUUCCUGCUGCAGAACCUGCUGGUGGGCCACCCAGAACACAAAGGGACGCUGUGCUCCAUGGGGAUGGUCCAGCAGCUGGUGGCCCUCGUCCGGACAGAACACAGCCCCUUCCACGAGCACGUGCUUGGAGCCCUGUGCAGCCUGGUGACGGACUUCCCCCAGGGCGUGCGGGAGUGCCGGGAGCCGGAGCUGGGCCUGGAGGAGCUGCUCCGGCACCGCUGCCAGCUGCUGCAGCAGCACGAGGAGUACCAGGAGGAGCUGGAGUUCUGCGAAAAGCUGCUGCAGACCUGCUUCUCCAGCCCCACGGACGACAGCAUGGAUCGGUGAACCCGGCGGCUUCCGGCCCCCUCUCCGUGGGAACCCUAGGCCUCUCGCCUCCCGGCCACGGGGCCCUCUCCCAAGGGAGAGCAGGGCCUGCUGGUGCCGGGCCACCGCCAUGCCAGCCCCUCUCUGCUCAGCCCCCUGGAGGGGCCCUGGGAAAGGCACAGGCCCCUCAGACACCCCCCCAUGCUCUCACUCCACCCCCAUAGCACCCACACUGUCUUCCAAUAAAGGCGUCUCUCCCUCCUUUGCAGCCGUCUGUCACCUCCCCUGGAGGGUGCCUGGGGAGGGGAGGUGGGGCUCAGUCUGAGGGGACCCGGGGAGCCACCGAGGGGACGGAAGUGGGCGGGACCUGGGAAUAAAGUGCUGCUCUCGGAAACCCA